AUGAGUAACGUCAGGGGGCAGCAGAGUGCCGUCGGUUCUGUGUGGAGAGCGAAGAGUAAACCAUUCACUUCGCUGCUGGAAACAAUAUUCCACUCUAUUGAAACACCUUUAUGUACUUCAGUGCAUACUAGAGCCAGUCAUCAUGUCAGGGGGUCCAGCAGUGAGGGUCAGCAUCGAGUCUACCUGUGAGAAGCAGGUGCAGGAAGUGGCCCUCGAUGGAACAGAAACAUACGUCCCUCCUCUCUCCAUGUCCCAGAACCUGGCGAAGUUGGCACAAAGAAUAGACUUCAGCCAGGGAUCUGACUCAGAGGAGGAUGAGGUCGAAGGUGAACCCAGGGACAGCGAGUGGAACAAGCAGGAGACCGAGGAAGAAGAAGGCACAGUGAAGUUCCAGCCGUCUCUCUGGCCCUGGGACUCGGUGCGUAACAACCUGCGCAGCGCCCUGACGGAGAUGUGUGUGCUGCACGACGUGCUCAGCGUGGUGAAAGAGAAGAAGUACAUGGCUUUAGACCCAGUGUCUCAGGACCCAGCAGCUAACAAGACCCCCCAGGUGUUCCAGCUGAUCAGUAAAAAGAAGUUAUUGGGCACGGCCGCGCAGCUCCUCCUGAAGGGAGCAGAGAAGCUCAGCAAGUCAGUAGCAGAGAACCAGGAGAACAGGAGGCAGAGGGACUUCAACUCUGAGCUGCUGCGCCUCCGCUCCCAGUGGAAACUACGCAAAGUGGGAGACAAGAUCCUGGGAGACCUGAGCUACCGUAGCGCAGGUGAGAACGCCUCCAAGAGAGACCUCUAAGGGCUCCUUCAAAGACUCAAAGGCUUU